AUUAUAAUAACACCACGUCGCUUCAGUUAGUUUUAUUAAUCAUGACCGUUUUUACUAUUAAAAAACAUAAAAAAUGUUUUAUCCUAAAAAUACAUUUAUGGAUUCCCUAAAUCCUUCCAUUCUCACUCUUUUCAUUCGUGGGAAAUUAAUUCGGAAGGGUUGACCGAUUGACGUCAAACCUGUAAUUCGUGAAACCUCCUUCAGCUCGAUUUCAACUUCUCGUGGUUGAGGGCGACCACGUUGGGUUUGUUUAAUGCCAGAAAUGGAGCGAGCUCCGGUAAAAAUAGUUAGGCUUGAAGACACCCUAGAUCCAAAAUUGACGACUCAAGUUAAAAAAUUGCUUGACGUCGACGUCGAUGUGGGAGCUCUCUUAGCAAGUGAUCCAAACGAUUUAGAUUCAAACAAAAUCAGUUCAGAGAAAAAUUUAUAUCUCAAACAAGUUGGAAGGGACAAUGUUCAGUUAUUGUUCAAUGCAGUAUGGGAAUUGCCUGCAGAAUUGUAUGAAGAUGUAGUUGUUGCUAAAUUGCCAAAACCUGUUAUUGUGCUGCCAAGAGAGAAACCAGUUCCCAUACCAAAGCCUCCAACAAAAUGGGAACAGUAUGCUAAAGAAAAAGGAAUUAAAAUGACUAAAAAGUCAAGGCUAACCUGGGAUGAAGUUCUUAAAAAAUGGGUACCCAGGUAUGGCUAUAAAAAAGCGGCUGCCGAAAAAGAGAAGAACUGGGUUAUUGAAGUUCCUGAAAGUGUGGAUCCUUAUACAGACAUGUUUGAAAAGAAAGCAGCAAAGAAACAAGAAAAAAUAUCAAAGAAUGAAUUUCAAAGGCUACGGAAUAUUGCCAAAGCUAAAAAUAUCAAAGUCCCUUCAAUGGGCCUUCCCCCAUCAAAUAAACUUAACUCUCAACAACUCAACAGUGCAGCAAACAUAGCCAAUGUUUCAACUGCGUCCCUUGGUAAAUUUCAGCCUAAACUCAGUAAAGAGAAACAAUUAAAUAAUUCAUCAAUAUUGCAGCAGAAAAAAAGAAAACAGCCAUUCUUGUCUCCGAGUGAAGAACACGCAAGAAAUAUAUCUCUUGUGGACAGUGUGUUGAGAAAGAAGCCAAAAUUGGAUUUGAGUAAAGCUGUAAACAGGGAAAUAAACACUCAGCAGCUUGAAACCCACGAAGAAAAGAAAAUGAAAAAUAGCAAAGUCAGAGGUGGUGGCAAAAAGAAGGAAGGCCGAGGGAAAGGGGCAAAGCGUAGCAAAGGUAAAUCAUUCCUUAAACCUAAAGGUGGUAAAGGACAUAUCAUGAAAGGUGGUGGACGAAAAAGGAGAUAAACCAGUUUUUACAAAUGUUUUAUAAAUUGUAAAUAAAGCUUCUUUUUGUUUAAAUUGUU